GAUAAAAAUAAAUUAUAAAUAAUUGUUAGUACUAUAAAAAUAAGAUAAAUAAAAGUUGAUGUAAUAUUGGUUAUCUGUGCAUGAAAGACUGGAUUAGAAACAUUAAAUUGAAAUUUGGUUAUGAAUUUAUAAAACAAAAAAAAUGAUAUUUUUUGAUGUUUUUGCUAUGGACACUUUCAUUUAUUAUUGUAAUUUAAAAGGUUGAGGCAUUUAGGAAAGUUGUAUGCUUGCCACCAUCAUGAAUACAUCCUCCCCUGGAUUUGUUGGACUCUUUGGACUUCUCGCAACACGCUAAUCUUCAUGGAUCAGACCUUCUUUCCCGAGGAAGUAGCUACGAAAGCACUAUGAUUAGCUCAGGAAUGGACUUUCGCGCAAGGUUUUAAGGAACAAACAGCCAAUCAAGCGAAGAUCUUACCUAAAAGGCUUCAGCUCCAACCCGACUAGAACACGAGAAUGACAUGUAAAACGGACGCCGCCUGGAACAAGCUAUUGAACAGAGCAGGUCUCGCCCGGAUCUUCAGGGAUUCAACAGGAACUUGCAAGCACAGAGGAGCGAUGACCCAAGACUUUGUCACCAGCCCACUGAUCGCAGAAGCCCUAGCUCUCCGAUUGGGAAUCAUCACUACAGUAGCUAUGGGGAUCUCGGAUUUUCAGAUGCUGACUAACAACUCAACGCUCGUUACAUGCAAAACUCAGAGAUCUAUGGUAUCGUGAGAGAUAUCCAGCAAAUCUCUCUUGCCUUUGUCGAUAUCGUCUUUUCUCAUGUGUUUCUCGUUCGCCUAAAGGUGAUGCUGAGGCAUUAGCAAAAGCCACCUUGAGCGGCUUAUCUGUAGUGGAUUCAUCCUUGGAGUACAAAGUUGAGUAUGAAGCCAUUUUCUUUACUUUAAUGGGAAGCUUGGAAUGAGAAGCUGUUGUAGUUUGAAUUGGCUUAGUUUCAGUUAUUCCUCCAAGCUUGAUAGGUUUAGGCCACAAAGUCACCAUCUCUAGCCAGUAUGUAUAUUAUCUAGAUCCUGGGUAUUAUUAGUGAUGAUAUCUGCAAGAAUUUCUCAACAACAUUUAUUAAUAAAAAAAAUAAAAAGUGAGAGAGAGAGUACAUAUAGAAAAAAAAGAAGAAUCCAUUCUCUGUUGAGAAAUUGUCAAAAUAAGAGAUUAUCUAGCGCUUGUACCUUUUUAAUUGGUAAAAAAUUAAAUAUAAUUAAACAAUUCAGUUUAUUUAAAUACAAAUAUAAUACUUUUGAAAAAUCCAUAAAGAAUUGAUGAGUGUGGAGCCGAGAAAAUGCUCUCUAGUAACCCUUUGUGAAUUUUAUUUUUCUGUCAUUGGAGUGUGUUUUUAAAACUUUUUUAAGUGAGUGAAGGUGGUCAAAUCAUGUUUUUACUGUCUUCUUAACUUUUCAGUGAGUGAAGGUGGUUCGAUCCUUUAGGGUAGCAUUAGUGAUGAUGUAGUUACAAAUACAUUUUAGUGUUUGUAACUAUGUUCUUCACUUAUUGAAAUUUGGGUAGUUGACAAGUGCAAUCUUAAUUCAUUUCUUGAGAAUUAAGCUUUUGAAAGUAAUGUAUGUGACUAUGGACAUAGCCUUAAUGACAUUAGCUCUAGAGGACGAUGUGCUCUUUACCGUACCAGAUCUCUUGGGAUUCAGUUUGUCGGAAGAUAACUAACUCAGCCUUAUGGGUAGGGCCCUGAACCCGGAGUGUCAGCGGAUGUCAAGGCUCAUCCUUAAUAUACCACAAAAUGGCAAAAAAAAGAAAGGAUUCAUGGAGUGGUUCUCUCUGAAAAAAAAUUUCAAUUUAUUUUAAAAAAUAAACACGACUUUCUGGAUGUGCUUGAAAAAGAGGUUCAUAUCUUCAACGAAUGGAUAUAUCAAAUCAACUUGUAUAAAAGAAACUUUUUAUACAAAGAUUACAUAAAACUAACAGAAUUUCUAAAAUUUGCAAAUAUCAAAAGGAAAAAAUUGGUAUUACAAUUAUUUUAAAACUCUUUAAAAAGAUUGAAUAGGAUUUUGAAAAUCUUCUUUAGUAAUAAAAAUUGUAUGAUUAUAAAAUAGACUUAAAUAAUAUUUUAAAUUUGUAAGAUAUUUUAUAUUUAUAUUCUUAUAUAUAUUAUUGAAUGUCAUAUUUUAAUAGAUUUAUUGUAAUUAUGAUAUAUGAGUUAUACCAUAGUUUAAAAAGUUUAACAAAAAUAAAAAUUAAUAUUAAAUGUAACCGUCAAUAUCACAUUUAAACAUAAGUCAUGUCAUUAUUUAUAGUAUGUCAUACCAUAUUUUUUUUAGAAAAAUGAUUGUACAAAGAAUACGCGUAAAAUCACUUUGCAGAUAAUGUAUAGAGAAUUAAUCCAACCGGUUUGAGUAGGUUUAACAAUGUUUUGGAAGAAAAGCAUUAACAUUGAUAUAAAAUAUGUGGAUAAUAACUUUAUCGAUUGUUUAGUUCAGUUUGGAGAAAUGAAUAUUUACUAAAUCAAAUUGGGUCUCAAAGGGUGAAAAUUUGCUAAGUGGAUCAAGUUUAAGUAUGCAAUUAGUUGAUAGGACUCAUAAUUUUAAUUUGCAAAGAGGGUCACUUUGCUUUUUGAUUAUGUGUUAAAGUCCCUACACACCCUAAUCGACUAACGUAUUAACGGAAUUGACAUUGUGUCCUUGAAUCAUUUCCACAUGUGAGAGAUCCUCUCUUUCUCAAGGAAAAUGACCUAAUAACUUGCUGCUCAACUCAUAAGUUAUGUCUAAACCAGCAGAAAAUCCUUCUUCCCCAUUAUUGCCUUAGCUCUGCUCACGAAAAGUAAUAUGACCUAAAUUUGAUAUUUCUCUCCAAUAUCUGUUUGAAGCUUGGGAGAUCGAUUGGUUAUUUUCGUUCAAUCAACCGAAAUUUCAUAAAAAUGGCAUUCAAAAUUGAAACAAGCUGUAUGAAUUUAUAACUUAUAAUUGUUAAAUACACAAUUAAUGAUAUAUUAUUCCAUUUUAUUAUAUACUAAAUAUAUAACUUAUAUUAACUUAUAAUUUUUUUAGACAAAAAAAAAAUAUAAUUUUGAUUCAUAAUUAUUCUCAUAGUUUCUAAUAGUUAAUAACUCAUACGAAAAAUAUAGAUAUUUGGAAUUACUCUUUGUUUCUAGUACUGCCAUUUUCUAAAAUUUUGAUUGGGUAUUUUGGAAAAGCGAAAACCAAGUCAAUGCUUUAUAUUUUUUAAUAAAGUCAAUGCUUUACUUCUUCCUUUUUAGAAACCCAUAGGACGUCAUUAUUUUUUGGUUAUUUUACUCAAAUAAAAAAUAAUCAAAAUUAUUUAGUUAUACACAUAUAAGUCACAGGGCCUGCAUGUGUUGCUCUAUAUAUACGAAGACAAAGAAGAUGAGUUAGAAUUUGAAGGUGGAAAAAAGGGAAAGAAAGAAAAGAGAGGAUCAAUGUUGAUAAAAAGAAUAGAGCUCUGUAUAGAGAUAGUGAAGAAAACAAUGGAUUUUGCGGUAGUGGUGGCUGAGGCCGCGAAAGUCUUCUUGAGGAACGCUCCUCAGGCUCCGCCCGCUCUCCUACGCCAAGGCCCCUACUAUUACUCCGCCUCGACCCCUCGUCCUUCCCCUUACAUGAUUGGCUAUCUUCCAUGAGAUUAUAAUUCCUUAUGAGAUUUCUGUAAUUAAUUACUUGGUUAAAAAAUUAAUGUAAAUUAUAUGCUUUCUUUGGUUUUUUCAACAUGUAUUAUACGGAUAGAAACUGGUCGGGGAUGUUGCACCAGCUAUAAUCCCAUAAACCGGAAGCUACAUAUCCAAGUUAUCUUGUAAAUAAAAAUUUUUCUUGUAAAAGUAGUUAUCUUGUAAAUUGCAAAGUUUUAUAAUGAAUCACAUUUCUUAUAUA